AUGGGUGCCACCGAGCAUCCAGCCCUCCUUCAGCACACGGGCAUCCCCGUUUCCCUCGUCAUUCUUGGCCUCUCCUUCCUUGUUUUUGCCGCGUGGCUCGUCCGCCGUGACCGUCGCCUUGCCCACAUCCCUGGACCAGCUUGGUGUCGCUUCACGGAUGUCCCCCGUCUUCGCUGGGCGUGGUCCGAACGCAUCCAUGAGACCCACAUCGCGCUGCACCGCCGCUACGGCGACCUUGUCCGCGUGGGCCCGCGCUGUGUCAGCAUCGGCACGCCGCGCGCCAUCCAGGCCGUCUAUGGCACGGGCGCCAACCUGCCGAAAGGCGACUUUUACAAGGUGCUGCAGCCGCUGGCCCACGGUCGUGUUGUGCAGGGCCUCUUCAACACGCAGGACGAGGCGCUGCACCGGGCCCUGAAGCGGCCGAUUGCGGGCAUCUACUCCAUGACGAACCUCGUGUCGUUUGAGCCGUACGUCGAUACGACCAUUGCAGCUCUCCUCCGACAGCUCGAGGCCCGGUCCGCGGCCGGAACAGGGAUGGUCGACCUCGGCGCGUGGCUGCAGUUCUUUGCGUUUGACGUCAUGGGCGAGAUUACCUUUAGUCGCCGCUUCGGGUUUCUCGACACGGGCCGCGAUGUCGACAGCAUGAUCCGUGACAUUUACGGCUUCUUUGCGUACGGCUCGGCCGUCGGCCAGAUGCCGCUGCUGGACCGGCUGUGGGCCAAGAACCGGCUGGUGAACUGGUUCCUGCCGGCCAAGAACUCGAGCGUCGUGGCGUUUGCCCAGGCGCGGGCCCGGGAGAGGGAGGCCGUCGCCGAAAAGGACGAGGGCGACUCGUACAACAGCCGCGACUUUAUGUCGCGGUUUCUCGAGACGCGCCGCAAGGAUCCCAGCAUCCCGUCCCAUUUCCUGACCGCCUGGACGACGUCCAACGUGCAGGCCGGCAGCGACACGACGGCCAUUCUGCUCCGCGCCAUUGUCCAUUUCCUGCUGACCAGCCCGGCCUCCCUCCAGAAGCUCAGGGCCGAGCUCGACAGCGCCCGCCACGCGGGCCACUUGGGCGCCGCCUCCACAAACGGCAUCGUCUUCUGGAAAGAAAGCCGCGACCUGCCCUACCUCGACGCCUGCAUCAAGGAGGCCGGCCGGCUGCACUCGCCCGUCGGGCUGGCCAUGGAGCGGGUUGUCUCGUCGGCCAAGGGACUCGAGGUCUGUGGCACCCAUCUGCCAAAAGGCACCGUCGUCGGCCUCAAUCCCUGGGUCGUCCACCGCGACCCGCGCAUCUUUGGCGACGAUGCCGACGAGUGGAACCCAGACCGAUGGAUGCGACCGAAAGACGAGACCCGGGCGGCCAUGGAGCGGUCCCUGUUGACGUUUGGCGCGGGCCAUCGCACAUGUUUGGGCAAGAACAUUUCCUACCUCGAGAUCUACAAACUGAUUCCCACGCUGUUUGCCAAAUACGAUAUCACCUUUGCUACUCCCGACGAGUGGAAGCUCGUCAACCACUGGCUCGUCUUCCAGCAGGGGCUCAACGUCCGCAUCCGUCGCCUGCUCCGUCGUGUAGCUCGCCGUCGCGGCGUCAAACUUGGUCGUCUUGCCGUCCAUGCGGUCGCCCUCGGAAACCGCAAAGUGGAUGGGCUCAAACGCGGCAAAGAAAUCGCCGGGGCCGGCCUUUACGGGGACCAAGUCCUCGACGAGCCACGCGACGGACUGGCCGCACAUGGAGGACGCCGUGGGGACGUCCUUGUCGAAGAAUUGGUCGGUGCGGUUGAGGUUGGACCAGUUGCUGACGUUGGCAGAUUGGUUAGCAUGGACAACGAGCAACGUCUCUUGGACACGCCCUCUCCCUCGCACGCGCCCUCGACUCACAUGUUGACAAUGUCGUCCUGCACAAUCGACACGCGCACGCGCACGCUCUCCCCCGCCGCCACGCUCGCAAUCUUGACCGCGUACACCUUGCCGCUGAACUCGACAAACGGCACGUGCUGCUGCGUCCCGUUCUCGUACACCGUCGCGUAG